AAAUUGUUUUCGACUUCUUCUUCCGAUGCAAAAGAACCGCUGGAUGAGUUGAACCGGACCGGUUUGCAGGAAACAAAAAUCGAAUAGCAUACGGACAGAAGCAACGUUUUUCAAAUUUCAACUGUAAGAGUAGAGAUUUCACCUUAAAUUAUCAUGGCUGGGUUGGAGGAGUUGAAAAAGAAGCUUACACCUUUAUUUGAUGCUGACAAGGGUUUUUCAGCUGCAUCAGCGCCUGAUCUAACUGAUUCUUACAUGCUUUCAGAAGGUGGGACUGUCAAUUUAUUAAGUAGAUCGUAUGGAAUGUACAACAUCAAUCAGCUUGGAUUGCAAAAAUGCUCGUCUUGUCUUGUGGAGGAAUCCUCAGACCAUAGCGAAAAGACAUAUCGUUGUGCCUCCCAUGAGAUGAGAAUUUUUGGAUCCAUUGGUAGUGGUGCAAGCAGUGUUGUUCAGAGAGCCAUCCACAUUCCCACACACAAAAUAAUUGCAUUGAAGAAAAUUAACAUCUUUGAAAAGGAGAAAAGGCAACAGAUUCUUGCUGAGAUAAGGACAUUAUGUGAGGCCCCUUGUUUUGAGGGUCUUGUGGAAUUCCACGGAGCAUUUUAUGUGCCAGACUCAGGGCAAAUAAACAUAGCUUUGGAAUACAUGGAUGGAGGAUCACUGGCUGAUAUCUUACGAGUGCAGAAAAGUAUACCAGAACCAGUUCUUUCGUCUAUGUUUCAAAAGCUUCUGCAGGGUCUAAGCUACUUGCAUGGUGUCCGACAUCUAGUUCACAGAGAUAUCAAGCCAGCAAAUCUGCUCGUAAAUCUCAAGGGGGAACCAAAAAUUACAGAUUUUGGCAUAAGUGCUGGGCUAGAUAAUUCUGUGGCAAUGUGUGCUACCUUUGUUGGAACUGUUACAUACAUGUCACCUGAGAGAAUUCGUAAUGAGGGGUAUUCUUAUCCUGCUGAUAUCUGGAGCCUUGGUCUUGCUCUCUUUGAAUGUGGCACUGGAGAAUUUCCAUAUACUUCUGAUGAGGGACCUGUCAAUCUGAUGCUGCAGAUAUUGGAUGAUCCGUCACCAUCACCACCAAAACAGGAGUUUUCACCUGAGUUUUGUUCAUUUAUAGAUGCUUGCCUGCAGAAGGAUGCAGAUGCCAGACCAACAGCAGAGCAGCUUCUUCAACACCCAUUUAUCACAAAGCAUGAGCAUGCUGGUGUGGACUUAGCAGCAUUUGUCCAAGAUGUAUUUGAUCCAACACAAAGGAUGAAAGAUUCGGCAGAUAUGUUGGCAAUACACUAUUACUUACUUUUUGAUGGAACAGACGAACUUUGGAAGCAUGCAAACCUGUAUAGGGAAGAUUCAACUUUAAGAUUCUCUGGGAAGCAAUUUGUUGGACCAAAUGAUAUCUUUGGGCGUUUAUCGGACAUCCGGAGCACAUUAGCAGGAGACUGGCCUCCGGAGAGAUUAAUACAUGUUGUGGAAAAACUUCAAUGUCGUGCUCAUGGUCAAGGGGGAGUUGCAAUUCGGGUCACAGGAUCAUUUAUCACUGGGAAUCAAUUCCUUAUAUGUGGAGAUGGCGUACAAGUAGAGGGCUUGCCAAAUUUUAAAGAUCUUUCAAUCGAUAUUCCUAGUGAACGAAUGGGUACAUUCCAGGAGCAGUUUAUCAUGGAACCAGGCAAUGCCAUUGGACGAUAUGUCAUAGCUAAACAAGAGCUCUAUAUCACCCAGUCAAAUAAUUGAUGAUGAGAAAUAUCCUAAAGGUUCCCUGUUCAACCCCCUUCACAACUUUUAUAACUCAGAAAUUUUCUUACCCGUGCACAUGGAAUCUCUUCUGUUAACAAAUUUAGUCAUAACAAUGUUGCGGCAGCUUCAUUCCAAAACUUUUUGGCACCGGUCUCCAUAUUUCCACUCUGUAAAUCUUCUAAUAUUAUCAAUUCAUCAGUCUAUGUUGUUCAACUAUAACAUAUUGUUUUGUGAUUACAGAGAGUUUGUUUGAGCUAUAGGUGUACUGAUUAGUGAUUACAAGACAUUUAUAUGGUAAGAUUAUCUUUGCACCUACAAUUCUAUGUAUAAUUAUAAUAUGUUCUUUUUUUUUUUCCCUCAAA